UACAUAAUUGGAAUGUGCCAGAGUACAGUGUCCAAAUUAACUUCCCAUGUUCCUUUGCAAAUGAAGAAUUAGCUAUGCCCUGAAUUUAUAAAAUUUGAUGUGGACAACUCGCAAAAAUGUAAGGAGUGGUUUAUGGAGAACUACAGAAUACCCGGAGUUAUCGGAUGUAUAGAUGGGACACACAUAGGUUUGCAGAAGCCAACCCAAAAUGAACAUAUGUUCUUCAAUAAAAAGGGCUCCCAUAGUCUUAACGCUAUGAUAAUUUGUGACCACACAUACAAAAUUGUAGCAAUCAAUUGCCAACAUGGAGGAGCAGCGCAUUGGCCAUUAAAUUCUUUUGUGUUGAAUUCAUCUUGUUGUAGUUAGUCCUUUAUUAAAAUAAAUGUUAAAAUUGUUAAUA